AAAAUAAACAUAAAAUUCAUUCUCACUUUUCCAGAAAGCAGCAGAAUAAUUGCGACUUCAUGGUUACCACCACAUUUCCAGCGUGAAAGCUACUGUGUUUUGACCUUUUUCAACUGUUGUGACAUGCUCAGCUGUGCAGUGUGGUGCCGCCCUAGUCUCCAGGCUUAAUUUGAAGCUGACAGCGUCUAGUCUUGCGCUUGAAAUUCUUAUUGUGGUUCCUUAUUAUACACCAUGGCUAGUCGCAACGCAGGACGAGGCAUACCUCCUGGUGUUGGGCGUGGAUUACCAGUGCUUACCAGCGAGAUGUCCAAGCUGGCCGUAAACGUCCCAGAACAACGUGCACCGACCGGAAUGGGACGCGGGCUGAUUGGAGUGCGCCCGAUUGUGGUUCCCACAACCACGUCAUCGGCGUAUGGCGCCGUGCGCAGGGAACGCGGAAAUUUUGACAUGAAUCGGCCCACAUAUCGCGUCCCGCAACGAUUUCUUGAUUUCUCGCGAACUCUGCCGGAGUCGCAUCCAAAAGUCGCUGCCAAGCACGGAUCUUCUGGAACUUCGGUGAAGCUGUUGGCCAACUAUUUCUCCAUGCUCCCGGCUGUUCAGAACGAUGAUGACUACACACUGCUGCUGUUCCACGUCAACUUUGAGCCAUUCGUCCACAGCAGAGCGGAGCGCAGCGAUUUGGUUGCACGCGUUCCUGCACUGCGACGUCUCGGAUACUUCUUUGAUGGUCAAGCUAACCUUUUCGUUGCCUCGACCAGACUUCCUGCUAAAAAGCUUGCGAAAAUCACACUGGAUUACGCUGAGAACGACAAACGGGAACUCACUUUCUAUCCUCUUGCUGAAAUCGGUGGCAAAGAAGAAAAGGACGUGGACUUCGAGAGUGUUGACUUGGUGAAUGGUGUUCUGAAUCACAUAAUGACCAACAUUCUCACACAACGAGGUAAAACUCGGAUUGGCGACGGAUUUUAUGACGCAAAGGAAGCGGUAACGAUUGAAGGACUGGACAGAUUGAGUUACAAAUUGAGUGUUUGGCCAGGAUAUGUCCCUCUGGUAAUGCGCUAUGAUGGUGGUUUGAUGGUGAAUGUGGAUUUGGGGACCAAAUUUGUUCGCGACAAAACAGCACUGGAUUACAUUAAUAUGUAUGCUGGAUCAUCCCAGUACGGAACGAAAGAGAUGGCGGAAAAGGUGAUGUCCAUGCUGAAGGGAAAGGUUGUCGUGACAGAUUAUAAUCGUCGAGCAUACAAAAUCAAAGAAAUUUCAUAUGAAAAAUCGGUUCGUGACGUAUUCAGCCGACGCGCUACCAAUAUUGGCGCCAACAGUAAGGCCUCCGUGCUGGAAUCUCAGUGUUCUAUUCAAGAAUACUUUAAAAUGGUGUACAAUAAAACGAUUAAGAACGAAAAUCAGCCUCUGUUGAUGUGUGUGCCACUUGAACCUGAUCAUAAACCGCGUCGCACUGAGGAUGGCAAGGAAGUGUUGACUCCAUUAGUGCCGGAACUUUGCCUUUUGUCUGGUUUGACGGAUGAUAUUCGGUCAAAUUUUUCUUACAUGAGCAAGUGUUUGGAUGCUGUGCGAAGGGAGCCGGGUAAACGUGUGGCCAUGGUCAAGGAGUUCGCAAAUACUUUCGCUAGCGCCAGUGCUGAGGUGGAUAAACCACUUGAAGGUUGGGGCAUGGAAAUGGGUAGGGAUCUUAAGGAAGUGCCAGGGCGUCAGUUGCCACUGGCUGUUCUCGAAACAAACGGGAGAAAGGUUACAUAUUCGCGUGAAGAAGCUGACUGGAUGAAAAAUAUCCGCAAUAGCCGCUUGGAUAAGCCUUGUGACUUCAAAGAAUGGGCCUUAGUUUAUCAGAAAACUAACGCAAAAGAAGUCUGGGACUUUCUGAAAAUGGUGAAUCAAGUUUCGAAGCCAUUCGGAAUAGUUUUCCAGAAUCCGGCUGAGUUUGUGCUGCAAAACCCAAAUCCAGCUGGUCAUAAAACUGAACUCGCGAAAAUUACAUCAACUUGUGCCAUGGUUUUGAUUUUUCUGCCGGACAACAACAAACAGCGCUAUGAUGAAAUUAAAAAUUUUUUGGUCUGCGAUAAAGGAGUUGCUUCUCAGUGUAUUCUCAUGAAAACUGCGCAGAAGACGAAUAUGAGCAUUGCUACUAAAGUGGUACUGCAGAUGAAUGCCAAAACCGGAAACCCAUUGUGGCAUAUUCAGAAUCCAUCCGUUAAGAUUCGUGAUGCCAUGAUAAUUGGAAUCGCAGAGAUUCGCGGUUUUAUGGGAUUUGUAGCUACAGUGGAUCGCGGUUAUAGUCAGUUCGCGGGAGAUGCUACCAACUUGAUCAAAGGCGGAAUGCGUGGAACGUUAAGCGAAAUUUUUAGCACGGCUGUUUCCGAAUAUCGUGAUGUCAACAAUGUGAAUCCUGCGGUCAUUAUUCUUUACCGCCUUUUGGAUGGUGACGAUGAGUUGCACAAAAUCACUGCAGGCAAAGAUCCGGAAAUCAAAUGUGUGGAAGCUAUCCUGCAGGACCUUCGAAUUGAAGCGAAGCUGCUGUAUUGUGUUGCUUUUAAGCGCUGCAAGACUCGGUUUUUCUCGGAAAAAGGAUCGGGUUGCGGUAAUCCAGAACCCGGCACCGUCAUCGACACUACAGUUACUAUCCCUGGCCGAUAUGAUUUCUUCUUGAUAUCUCAUUCGGGACGCAAAGGCACCGUUAUGCCGACCUACUAUUUCGUCGUGUCGGAUCAAACGAAGAUUACUGCCGAUGAAUUUCAGAAUUUCACGUUUCAGAUGGCACAUAUGUACUACAACUGGAGUGGAACAAUCAAGGUGCCGGCUGUGUGCCAGUAUGCUAUGAAAAUGGCAACCAUGUGUGCUGAAGUAACUAAGAAGCAGCCUAACCAGAAUCUUCGUCACAAAAUGUGGUACCUGUGAGGUGAUUUUUUAUGGUGAAUGCACAAUGUUUUGGUAAGCUUUUUCAUGUUUUAAAGCAAUAUGAUUUUUUUGUGGUUUUCUACCAUAUUACCCGUGAUCGUUUCCGGUGGUUUGCUGAAAAUGUUUGCAAAUGCAUUCUAUUGUUUUCAAAUGAUAGUUACUGUAAUGGACAGGCAAUGUAAUACAUAUAUACUGA